CAACGAAUGCAUUAAGAGUGAUUAGUAAAAGUAAUCGUCAGCUGAACUCAAUUGCGGUUUUAUUUGCUUAAAGACACUUGUGAAAUUUUACUGGCCUCGAGUCUGGCCUGCCAUUGAUCCGUUUCUCAUCCCGAUCGCGCAUUCAACAUUUAACCUGACCAAUUACGUUUUUCUUUAUUUGCACCGGUCACAGUUUCAUCUUCACUCAUUGAUACUUCUUUUGCUUGACGAUCGAACGCGUUAAAUUAUUUCGAGUGGCUGAAAAGAAACAAGACUUUAUUGACUAAGGGGCGCUGUCAAAACACAAAAUACAAUCAACUACCGCCAGUAAUAACCGCAGGAAAAACAACAAAGAUAAAACAGAAAGCAAACAAGAAAUUCAGCUGCCACAACAAGAGCAACACAAACAUCGACGGUAACAUGUUAUGGUGGCAACAAGUGCGCCGUGAAGUUGUACGGCAACAAUGCACUGACGAUUGUAGCAACUACGACAGCGCAGACAUGAAUGGCAGCAACGGCAAAUGCAGCUGCCCGAAACAAAGACGUUGCAACAGGUUAACCUGUUAUCGGAAUAGCACCGUCAUCGGCAGCAGCAAUCGCGAAGCUGUGCCACUGUUCAUCACAUUGACCAUCCUGAUGUUAGCAAUGCCAUUGAUCGACGCUGCCGCAGUCAAGCGAUCUGUAGCAGAGACAAUCACCAGCUUUGAAGUUACCACCAGCACUACACCAUCAGACGUAGUCGACGAAAUUGAUUUCACCCCAACUAUUACACCACUUUUAGCUGAUAUCCAAACCACAGUUAGUGUGAAUGAAAAUGAACAGCGUGGACAUACUGGGGAUGCGGAUGCCGCUAUUGUGAAUGAUGCAGAAACGACUUUAGUCGGUACAACUACUACGCAGAACUUCAAUCAAACGUUACCGUUAAAUGUGCCGCAAGAUAUCAAUAAUGAAAUCUCUCAAGUUGGCAACGAAAGCAUUGCAACAGAGGUGAGAGUAACGCCGGAGUUUGUUGAUCCAAAAUUCGAAUAUACGGAAACUCAGCUUACUGAAGACCUAGAGGAGUCCAUACGGAACUCAAUUAAAAAUGAAAUUGAGUUUGAACACGAUAUUGGAAAUGCAGCUAUCGAACAUCGUUUAGAAACUACAAAUCAAGAGGAACGGCAAGAAAAGUUAGACGAGAUUUCGGCCAUACAAAAUACGCAACUACGGGGUAAUACCGAGCCCAGAGAGGCAUUUGGUGUAUCAGCUGAAUUUACAUCCAUCACCCCAGUUACCGUUCGUUAUCAACCAGUUACAACAGAAAGCUCUUCAGUUGGAUAUUCCUCGACUGCGGAAACCGACCUUUCCAUAUAUUUUCCCGUACAGGCAGAGGAGCGACCAUCAAUAGAAAACUUGAAUGUAGGCAUUCAAAGAGAUGCCAGAAACCUCAAUAUUAGUGUGAACGAAAAUUCGGAAAUUUUAAAACAAAAUGCCGAUUCAGAAAAUUACAUCACUGCAGACGUUGAAAUGCAAAAUAUUGAAGAAGAGAAAAAUGAAAAUCACAACGAGUUAGUUGGCGAAGAUAAACACACAGCACCUGCUUAUUCUAACCCUAUGUCUGAAGCUGCGCUCUACUCACACGAGUCUAAUGAAAUUCAAGAAGCUAGUCCGAGACUGCAAGCAGAGGUCAAUCACCCUCAGUACACUAGCGAUAAGAAAGACAAGUCAAAUGAGGGUCAUGAAAAUGCUAUUGUUGAAACUGAAGACAAAGUAAAUUCAGAAGACGAUCCCAUAAUCGAUCAAAAUGAAACGAAGGUAAUACCUACUGAAGAUAAGGAAGCAUUACUAACUGCCGCUGUGAUCGGGAACUCAAACACAACUCAAGAAGAUCAUUCAACUCCAGAAUAUGAAAGUGUUGACGUGCAAACUGAGGAAAAAGCUUCUUCGUCAGAAGAAACCCCAAUUGAGGGCAAUGCAUCGGAAGUAAUUCCUGUUCAAGCGGAUGACACAUCGUUAUCCAUAGUAUUGAAUGAAAAUCUUACGGCUACCGAACCUGUGGCAGCAUUAGAAAAUGAUCAACUGGAAGAGCUUAUGCGCCUAGAGGAAAUUGAAUCAUUGGCAAGCGGUGAAAUCUAUACAACGGUUAAGCCCGAAACUGUGAAGAACGUGCACGUUGUGAUCAAAAAACAGGGCGUUGAAUUGGACGAAGAAAAAAUUGAUUCGCCGAUCGCACUAACCGAAGUUGUGGAGGAAACAACAAUCAGUACAGGGUUAGUGAAGGAAACGUCAGUAGCAAAAGACGGGCACGAUGAGUUAGAAACCACCGAAACGACAUUGGAACCUUUGGUAGAAGAAGAAAGUGUAGAGAAGGUGCAAAACAUACAAAAUGAUGUUGCCAUAAAAGAAAUAACACAGGACUUAGAAGCGAGCGCGGAUGUGACAAUUUCUGAGCCAACAGAGAACAUAGAGGAUCGCAGUGAUGAAAGAAAUGAACAAAUUAGUGCUGAGAAAGAAAUCAAUCAAACUGACGCAAACCACAACGAACGAAGCGAGCAAGAAGAGGAGAAAAAUGAUGAUGCCAAUAUAGAUACGGAUUUAACCACCAAUGAAUUAGAUUCUUCAUUUGAGGAAAAAGAAGACGCUCUCAAUGAAAAUCAAUAUUUCAUAAGGCUAAGCAAUGAGCUUCAACACUACUCGGAGAAUACAAGCACAACUCAAGAUAUUGCAAGCACCAGCCAAACAACGCCAACAGAAGAGCCAGUCAUUACGCAAGAAGCAGAGAACAACAGCAUAGACAAGCAGAGUAUCGAAACUACAGAGCAAGUGGAACGAAUGCACAUUACACUUAUUGGCACCACACACACACCAAACAUCGAAUCUCAUGAAACAGCUGUCAGUACAACUGAGGCACAAGCAACCACGCUAAGGGAAUUCGAAUCAUAUGAAGAUGAAAGCAAAAAUACCGAUGGUCUGGACAUAGUGCCCAUUUUGGUGGGUGUAAGCGCCGCACAGGGUGAUAUCACCGCCUCAACGAAAGGUUCACGCUCCAUUAACACACAGACACAUCACUCAAUGCUGCUGACACGUAUGGACGAUACAAUGGCAGCAACGCUAUUUGAAACUUUCCCACCCCAUGACGCCGGACAGACGUUCAAUGAUCAUUUGGCUGCAGAAAGUAGUAGUGGCAUUGGUAAGCCGUUGCCCUCACGUAGCGUUACUGAAGCAACAUCCGCCUCACUACUCAGUCGCUCCGGUCUAAUCAUUGUGAUUUGCUCCAGCAUUGCAUUAAUGUUUCUGCUCAUCUCAGUGACCGCAUUCCUCAUCUCAUUCCAACGGCAGCAUGGCACAUUGGAUAUUGAGAUGCAAGAGCAACGUUGUGGCAAAGAUAAUCUCGAUGAAGAGGAUGAGGAAGCUGGCACAUGCACGAAGUUGCUAGAAAUCGAAUUGCCAAAAUCAUCGAUCGUAACUGUGCCAUGCGAGGAAAUGGAGGAGUGUUUGUAGGAGAGGAAUUUCGAAUAGUACAUUUAGCGUUAGACUGCUGCACACAUUGUAAAUAAAUUGAUGCUGAGAUUAUCGAUAACUAAAAACAUACUAUAUGUAGAUGUAUGUACGCGUAUAUGCACACAUAGUCACUUGUAUUUACAUGCAUACAUACAAUAUGUAUACGCUGGUAUUUGGCGCAUCGGUGCAAGUGCUUAGUUUAUUUAGUUGGUAUGAAAUCGAAAAACAGACUGUAAUUUAAAUUUUUAAUAGGAAUAUUAUUUUGUAUUUAUGUAGUUUGUAUUAUUCACGAUUAUGUUGCCAUAUUUUUGACACCUUUUCUCCAUUGGAUUUUUUGCAUUUAGUAAUUUUCAUUGUUUUAAUUUACGAAAAGUUAACUAAUCGAUCACGAAAAUAUAACAAAGAAGCGAAAAAGUAUUGUAAAAUGUUGGAACUGACUUAAAGCCGAAUAAAUGCGUAAAUCGAUUUUGCUAAAUUUUCAAA